CGUGCACCUUGAUCGUAUAUAAUUUCAUUGACUCGCUAGGCAUGACGCAAUAUACUGUAUUAUACCCUAGAGGGGUAUGCAUAAUAGUUGUUAACAUUUCAUUGUCUCGCGAAACAUGACGCUGUACUUUUUCAAAAGCUAAAAAUAGAUGACCUUAACUCUAGUAAAAAACCGAAAAUCUAUCUUUAGAUGUAGAUUUUCUAAAAAGAUAUUUACGGUGGAAAUUGAAGAGUUAUUUUACCGCUACAAAGGUAAGUUAUUGUACGAAGUUUAACUAAUAAUUUCGAGUACUUAACAUCGUUUUCAUUAGUAGAACUGUAACUAAAUUUUUACAACAUAUAUGUUUUUGUAUACCGGCGCUUUACGGCAAAGUUCAAAAUGUCGCAUAACUGGACCCAUUACACAAAAAAAAUUAAAUUGUCCGACUCCAAAAAUACCAAAAAUAUCACGGCUUUUUUUCAAAAGAAAAACGUAAGUGAAUCAAGUAAAGUAUCAGAUACACCUUCAGAUACCAAUAGAUCUAAAGUCAUUGAGAUAGAGAAGUGUACUUCUUCAACCACUGUUGAUGAUGUUGUCAUUGUUGAGUCCGAGAGAUCAGAGAAAAUUAUUGAGAAGGAGCAUUGCAGCAGCAUUGAGAAAAUAUCUGACACUGAACAGAUGACUGCCAAUGACAUGAGGAAAUUUAAUUUGGCAAAGUAUGAAGCCAAAUUUCCUUGGCUAUUUUAUAGUGCUAUUUAUAGGGGUUACAUGUGUAAAUAUUGUGAAUUGUUUGCACCAAAAAUUGAUAAAUCAACUCCUUAUGUUACUUGCGGAGCAGUUCUUGGCUCUCACCCAACUAGACGUCUAGAAAUUCAUCAAACUAGUGAGUCCCACAUUAAAAGCACAACCCGUUACACAAAUAAUCUUUGUAAUAUGAAUGUUGCUAAGUCAGCCUUAAAGAAGUUGAAAACUUCUCAAGAAGCACAGGUUGCUAAAAAUCGUGCUUACAUCAUGAAAUUGUUUCAAACAUGUGGCUUUAUGGUCUCUAAGAAAUGGGCGUUUGCAGAAAACUUCCAAGACCAGGUUGCUUUUAUGGGACAGGUUUGUGACCCAGACAUAUCUGAAAUAAUGAAAUCAGAUACGACAUACACAUGUCCACCCUCAGCUAUGGAUAUUGCCUUCAUUUUAAGUGACUUCCUUGAGCGCCGCCUCCUUACUGACUUGAGAGGGAAAAAGUUCACAAUAUUAGCUGACGAAAGCACAGACCAAGCAAAUCGCACUCAACUUUCAAUUUUUGCACGUUGGGUAUCUGAUAUUGGUGCUGUUGAACACUAUAUGGGACUUGUAAAUGUGCAGAAAACCACCAGUGCUGCAAUGAUGGAGGCAAUAACUGCAUUUUGUCGUGGGAAAGAUAUUGAUAUGCGUAACAUCAGAUUUGUUGGUUUGGAUGGCUGUAACGCCAUGAGUGGUGAACACAAAGGCUUGCAGAAGAGAAUAAGACACGAGUCUCCCCUGUGUAUCUACAUUAACUGUAGAAACCAUAGGCUAGCUCUAUGUCUCACACACAUGGUUAAAGCCAGUAAUGAUCUUAAAGAGGUUGAUCAAGUUUUUAUAGGCUUGUGGAAAGCUUUCCACUUCUCCCCCAAAAAGGCAGCAGCGUUUGAGACCAUCCAGGCAGUAUACGGACAAAAACCCCUUAAGUUUAUUAAGGCUUGUACUACAAGAUGGUUAUCGCAUUUAAAGGCUUGCGUCAGAUUUAUUGAGCGAUACGAGGCCCUCCUGGACACCCUUGACAGCCUUAUCCAAGAAACAAAGGAACCCGAGUUGACAGGGCUACGCAUCAGUAUGACAUCACCAGGAAUAGUCAUGACUGUCUUGGUAUUGGCCGACAUAUUGAAGCCUGUCAACUUUUUGUCCCUUUACCUCCAACAUGACGUUGGUACUUUUACAGAACUUCCAGCACGGGUGCACAAGUGCCAAGAUGACCUUCGUCAAAUAACUUCUAGUUAUGAGGCGGGUACAUACCAGGAUCUAGAGUUUGGGAAGUGCCAAGGAAUGCUGCAAAAUAUAUCCGCUAGGACACAACUGGCUAGGCAUAUGAGAGCUCAUGACAGGGAGCUAGAUCCAGAUGAUUUUCUACGACUGAAGGGAUCCCCAAUGGUUUACACACUUAUUAAUGAGAUUGAGGAUGCUUUUGCCAACCAUACAUCAGUUUUGUCAGCUUUUAGUGUACUUGACCCAAUGAAUCUGCCUUCUGAUGUGUCACAAUUACCAGACUAUGGAAAUACGCAGAGGUGAAGAGUCAAUGGCAAAAGUUGCAGCAGCCAUUAUGAAAGAUGACAUCAUCAAGGGAUGUUUUCCAAGAGUGCACAAACUCUAUGAACUGGCUCUGCUCAUUCCUCAAUCAACUGCUGUUGUUGAGAGAGGGUUUUCUGUCAUGAAUGACACAUGUACAAUCUUAAGGACCAGUAUGAGUCAGAAAAGUCUUGAUGCAUUAAUGCGUAUUUACACCAUGAGUAACACAGUUAGAGACUUCUCUGACGAUGACUUAAACGCUUUGGUGGAUGAGUUUAAAUCAAGAAAGAAUAGGGAAAUGUUAUUAUAAAGCAAGAAUCAAUGAAUAAAAUUGGGUUUUUUUAGUUAUAAGAGAGUCUAUGUUGUUUAUU